UAAACGAAUUAUGUUGUAAACUUUAAUAUUAAAAAUUUUCUGUAAUAAUUGUAUUUUAAAUUUUGUUCUACACCUUAUAUAUUCAUAUAAUCAUAACCAAAACAUAAUGUAGAACAUAAAUUGACCACAUUUUAAGAAAUAAAAUUCCCGUAAGUUAUAAUUAAAAGUUAUUAUGUAAUGGAAAACUUAAUUUGAAAGUUGAAAGAAAUUUGAAUGUUAGAACCGAGUCGUACUGGUACUAUCGAUAUAUCUCGAGAAACUCGAGUCGACAAUCGACGCAGUCGGUAAGGUCGACUAGCUGCAACAGUCAAUUGUGUAUGGUUGCGUGUGUGCGGAUUGCACUGCCGCUUCAAGCAGCAGUUUUAUUUACUAAUUAGAGUGCCGAUGUGCGGUAGGAAGUGUUAAAUGUACGUGGAAAAUGUCGAAUCCGGGCGGUAGCAGGAGGAAUGGGGCCAUGAAGAUUCGUUUAACGAUUUUAUGCGCCCGUAAUCUUGCCAGGAAAGAUCUUUUUCGCUUACCAGAUCCUUUUGCUAAAAUAACUGUUGAUGGUUCUGGUCAAUGUCACAGUACACACACGGUCAAGGCAACUUUAGAUCCCAUGUGGAAUCAACAUUAUGAUCUGUACAUUGGGAAAGAUGACGGUAUAACCAUAUCAGUUUGGAAUCAUAAGAAAAUACAUAAAAAGAAAGGUGGAGGUUUUCUAGGAUGUGUAAGGAUAUUAUCCAAUACAAUUCAAAGGCUUAAGGACACAGGAUAUCAACGGUUAGACCUUUGUAAAGCGCACUCAGAUGAUACUGAUGUUGUUAAAGGAGAAGUUGUUGUAUCUCUUUUAUCGCGAGAUGGUCAUAAUGGUGCUGUAAGCAAUACAGUAGGUCAUAAUGCUGUUGUUGAUGUUCUUGGAGACCUGAGUUGUCCAACUGAUUUACCAGAUGGUUGGGAAGAAAGGAGAACUCAGAAUGGACGCCUUUACUACGUUAAUCAUUACACUAGAACUACACAAUGGAUUCGUCCAAAUACUCGACCUAAUAAUAGUAUUAUAUCAACUACUCCCGAGCCACCGCCACUACCUUCUUCUGAGCCUACUUCACCCAGUGGUAGCGGGAGCCCUUCGAACUUAAGAACUGAAAGCCCUACUAGAUGUACACCUGAGUGGAACGGAGAUGGAACACCUAGUAGAACACCUAGUAGGGAUAGUUCUACUCCAAAUACACCCAGGAAUACACCGACUCAGCAACCAAAUAGGAAUCAACAAAAUCAACACAAUACGAGAAAUGCAACGCCGGCAUCGUCAAGGGAACGACGGCCGGCAAGAGCAAACGAUGAACAAAAUGGUAAUCAAAAUGGGAAUGUUAGACCCGAUCGUGGUGUUAAUAACGGUCAAUUACGGAGGCCUAAUCGAAAUAACAGAAAUAGGAACAGUGUAAUGGUAAGUAACGAGAGGAGGUUUGAUCCGCCGCAGCCACCAGAUUUACCAAGAGGUUAUGAAAUGAGAAAAACGCAACAAGGACAAGUGUACUUCUAUCACGUACCUACUGGUUCAUCUACAUGGCAUGAUCCUAGAAUACCUCGCGAUUUACCAGCAAAUGAACUGGCUAACGAGCUUGGACCGUUACCCAGUGGAUGGGAAAUGCGACAGACUCAAAGUGGUCGGGUUUAUUUUGUGGAUCACAAUAAUAGAACUACACAAUUUACCGAUCCCAGAUUGUCGAGUCAAAUUAUAAGUAACAUAUUAAAUAGACGACAGAAUAGUACAACUAAUCAAACAACAAGUAGUUCAAAUAAUUCACCUGCACCUACACCUGCAAAUGAACCUGCAGAAGCAGAAACGCCCAUAUCACCAAAUAUUCAAUGCAAUACAGUUCAACCGAGGCCAAGAACAGAAAAUGGCAGUAACAAUAAUUCCCCGCCGGUGGAAAAUACGUCGGUUCAGAAUGCUCAGACGGUAUCAGAAUUACCGAAGGAACUGAUGGACAAUGAACUUUUGCCGAAAUAUAAACGGGAUUUAGUGGCAAAGUUGAAAUGCUUGAGAGCAGAAUUGAAUACUCUUCAACCACAAAGUGGCCAUUGCAGGCUCGAGGUAUCAAGAAACGAAAUAUUUGAAGAAUCGUACAGACUGAUUAUGAAAAUGCGACCGAAGGAUAUGCGGAAAAGACUUAUGGUAAAAUUUCGCGGAGAAGAAGGCCUCGACUAUGGCGGAGUAGCACGAGAGUGGUUAUAUUUAUUAUCACACGAGAUGUUAAAUCCGCAAUACGGCCUUUUUCAAUAUUCAAGAGAUGAUAAUUACACGCUUCAAAUUAACCCAGAUUCUGGAAUAAAUCCAGAACAUCUAUCUUAUUUCCAUUUUGCUGGCAGGAUAAUAGGAAUUGCUGUUUUUCAUGGUCAUCACAUAGAUGGUGGUUUCACAACCCCAUUCUACAAGAUGUUGCUUAAUAAAGCAAUAACCCUUACUGAUAUAGAGGGCGUUGAUCCAGAGUUACAUAGAAGUCUUACAUGGAUGUUAGAGAACAGUAUAGAUGGAGUACUGGAUGCUACAUUUUCAGUGGAACACAGUAGCUUUGGAAUGUUGAAGAAUCAUGAAUUAAAACCCGGUGGUAAAGACAUUCCUGUGACUGAAGAAAAUAAAAAAGAAUACGUCCGUUUAUACGUGAAUUAUCGCUUUAUGCGAGGAAUUGAACAACAGUUUCUGGCGUUGCAAAAAGGAUUCCAUGAAUUAAUUCCACCUCAACUAUUAAGACCGUUCGAUGAGAGAGAGUUAGAAUUGGUCAUAGGUGGUUUAGGAACCAUCGAUAUUAAUGACUGGAAAAUGCAUACACGAUUAAAACAUUGUACUCCCGAUACACCGGUAGUAAAAUGGUUCUGGCAAAUAGUGGAAUCUUACGGAGAAGAAAUGAGGGCUCGAUUACUUCAGUUUGUCACUGGAAGUUCUAGAGUUCCUUUACAAGGUUUUAAAGCUUUACAAGGAUCGACGGGAGCUGCGGGUCCUCGUUUAUUCACAAUUCACGCUGUCGAUGCGCCGAGUGAAAAUUUACCCAAAGCGCAUACCUGUUUCAACCGAAUAGAUAUUCCAGAAAGUUAUCCGAGUUAUCAGAAAAUGCUUGACAAACUCACGCAAGCAGUCGAGGAAACCUGCGGUUUUGCUGUCGAAUGAAUAGGUAAAAUGCAUAACUUCAUUUUAAUCACAUAAUUUGUGUAAUAAAAUCGCCGAAGUUAUGGGCUUUUCAUAGCAGGAAAUAGGUACUUGUCGACCGAGUUUACUGUCGUUAAAUUAAACAUUAAUUUUUAAAGUAAUAAAAGGGAAUGUUAUCUGAUGAGAAUACGAGAAGAGCUAGUAUCAUAGAAUGAGAACUGUUAAUACGUAAAAGGUCAGAAAGAAUUCUGACAACGUUUUUGUACAAAUGUCCAAAUGGCCUUGAUGGUUGUAAUGACUUCUAAAUGAUCGUCGAUUGGUAUAUGAACACUUUUGUGAUUUUCACGCUUCGUCCAUAAAAAAUUUCAACGAAUGGUUCCUCAGAAAUUUCGAUUAUAUUGGUCUUUAAUUACUUUUAGUCUUCGGUGACUAAUAGAUGUAUUACAAUUUCACUGAGGUACAUAUGUAUUUUAACUGGUCUGAUGUUUGAUUUUAUUUACAUUAAUUAUGUUUUCCAUCGUACAUCUAGGGUCAAUAAUUUACUUAUAAGAUCACCAUCAAAGAAUUUUUUUUAUUGUUUUCAAGAUAUAAUAGCAAAUAUAAAAAGUCAUUCAUGCACAAAAUAUGUACAGAAAAUGAAUUUUUUCACGCAACGAAAACCACUCAUCAGUAAUUAAAUACGCUCAUGUUAGUAUUUUAUAUUGAAUAAAAAUAUGAAAAAUAAAAAAAAAAAAUUGUUCGCUUAAGAAUCUCAAAAUAUUCAAGUAUUUUCUAUAUGAACUGUUUGAAAUUCAUUUCAUACAGUGGGACAGUGUGUUUGGUUUUCGAGAGCUUUCAAUUUCUCUUCAAUCAAAUGUAAUAAUUAUGCACAGUUCAUUAAUAAUUUCAUAUUAACAACUUUAAAAUAAUAGAAUUUAGUGACAGACUAAGGAUAUAUAUUCAAAUUCACUCUCUAUAUAAUCAGAUGGUUACAAAAUAGUACUGGGAACUAAUAUUUUACUAUGUAUUACUUCAAAUUGGUUAUGGUGAGGAAGGGAAACAAAAAAUUUGUAUAUACAUCAUAGAUUUAAACGCAAGUGUUUAAUCUUUUUUAUUUUUAACAAUUGAUAGAAAUAUUACGAGCUCUUAAUUUUCAUUACUCAAUACAGUUCGAAACUUUACUAAAUUCUCUUAACACAGAUUUAGUAAAGAGAAUUAUCCCUUUGAAUUAUGUUGAUUAAAAUUUAAAUCAAUGACAACAUAAAAUGUUUCCAGUAUUAAAAUGAUAUAUAAACACUUGCGUAUGGACUCUAUAAUGCAAUGGAAAAAUGUUGUUAUUGUUGUGUAACUAAUAUUGUCCAACCAUUGUUGCUUGUUUAGCAGCCAGUAGCACCGAAUGCGUUAGUAAAAUGUAAAUAGUACAGUUUAAUACAAAAUUAAUUAACACGAGCGUAUAAUGUGCGAGCUACAUAAUUAAGCUUAGCACAAUAAACAUGCAUCGGUUCUAGUGUAGACUGAAUCCGUGAAUCCUGUACAUUAGCUUUAAUUUAAAAUCGAACACAUGUAUAUUUAAGGAAAGGGUUUAUUCGACAAGUUUAUAUAAAAUUAAAAGAAACAUUUUUGCUCGAAUCAACUCUUUUUUUUUUUUUUAAGAAAUUUAUCAAAUGAUCUAUACUUUACUAAUUUUGUAUUCGUUAUGGCCGAAGCUUUAGUAAAGUAUAGAAACACUUAUUUAUCGCACGAAUCUUUCGUUUAGUUUAUAACAUUUACUUUUAUUGUAAAAACAUCUAAUAGCUGAUAGCACGAAUCAUUAUUUCGUAUUAUUAAUAUUAUUCUAUUAUUGUAUUUUAUUCUGCACACAACUGUGAUCACACAUAUCGUGAAAAGAGAAGAAAUAGUGGGAGAUGCCUUUUAAAAAUUUGUUUUAUUAUUAAACGUGCUUUUCUUUUUAAAUAUUAUUGUUCUGCUAAUGAGAUGUUAUAUUUAAUACUUUUUAAAGUAUCACCCGUUUUCGGUUUUGAAACACGGUCUGAUUACUUUGCCUUCAUCAUUUUGAAAAUUUUAUUUACGGUGUUAACACUGAUGUGAAAAUAAAUAAUUAUUAUUUAUAUGUUUUGCGUGAUAUAAUAUUAACGACGCAGCCAUUCGAUUUUUACACGAGAACGAGUGCAAUAAUUAUAAAAAAAAGAAAAGUAAUUAUGCAUUCGUAAGAUGUUACAACAGUAUUAAAUGAAAUUUAUCGAAUGAUGCUGCUGAUCUAAAAUUAUUUAAUCAUGCCAGAAUGUUAAUCUUGAUAUUAUUUUAAAAAUUUGUUACAAGUUUUUAAUAAGACCUCGUCUUUUCUAAAAAUCUCUUUAGUAUUUACAUAUGUUUUAAAAAUUAAGUUAUUAAAAUACAUAGAGAGGAUCUCCCACUAUUUUGUUACAUUUUAAACUUCUUUUAAUGUCACAUCUGAGGGGAAUAAAGGCCUUAUUAGUGCCUUGGAGUUGAUGUCAAUGAAAAAAAAGGACAAACAUUUAAUGCCCAUCAUAUUUUGGAAUAAAAAUAAUAUUGCACGUCAUUUUAAGAGAAAAUCUCAUUAAUUAAAAUACCUAAAAAUUGUCGCGGAGUAGAUUUUAUGAAUAUAUGUGUAGGGUAUAAAAUAAAUCGUUCAUUAAUCGAAAAAUAAAUUAAUAAUUAGAUCACUAUUCAGACAAAUAUUGCCAAUGAAGCUUUAAAUUAUUCAGAUUUAUAAAUAUUUUUCGCGUAUUAGAAUCAUUCUCUAAUACAUUAUAUCUUGCAGUUAAAAAGAAAUCAAUUACGAGAAAAGUAAUAUGCAUAAAUAUUUUAUAAGCAGAUUGACUUGAAAAACUUCUAACACAGUGAGUAAUAAGUAUUUUAAAAAAAAAGCUUUAGUGUUUUUAUAUACAUAUAUAUAUUACAUGUAUAAGCAAUUAAUGAAAAUUGAAUCUGUGUUUAUCAUUAAUGUAAACAAAAGGAAACGCUCCUUUCAACCAUUUAUCACUAUGUGCAAUUAAAUUUCGCUGCUCAUUCGUGAGAUUCAUUAAAGGAUUUUUAUCUGUCUAAUUGUGGCAGAAGACAAUAUUAAUCAUUAAAUUAAAGUACAAAAGAUGAAAAAUCAGAAUUUAAGUUAACACAUAUCAUGUACAGUGACUUUUAUUACAUUUUUCCAAUUAACAGAUUUCGAAUGAUAAUUUUAAUUAAAUUUAAUAAUUAAUAAUUAAUUACGGGUAUAGAUGCUCUCUUGAAUUGUAUAAACGAAGUUUAACGAUCGAAGUUCGUUAAAGUAUAUAGUGAUGAGAUUUCGAAUUCCACGUUUAUAAGUAUAUUGUAUACUGAACUCGGCAAUAAUAAAUUCUUAUUAUACCCAAUAGCAAGAUAUUUUACUAAUAUUUAUCAAUACGAAUAAAAAAAGGCAUUUAAAGAAAUUGGAAGCAACUCCAAUAUAUUGAUAAUAAAAAAAAAUCGUUUGUUCAAGAACGUAAUCAUGUAUCUUCAAAAAAUGAUUACCAAGCUACGUGCGAAAGUCUAAAAAACAAAAUGCAAAUGCGUUAGGACACCACAAUUACUUUAUUAUUCUUCUUAUUAUUAUUACUAUUAUUAUUAAUACUACUAUUAUUAUAUUAAUGUAACCGUUGUUAUUAUCAUUAUUGCGCAGGACUUUCGAAACACAAUUGUAUAUAUAUCUUUUCCUUUUGUAUUUUGGAUGAAAUGUAUAUUUUAAUAAAAUAUCCAAAGUAUA